AUGUCGAGUGGUGCAACUGGUGUUCAAACCAUGCUUGUUACGAACUGGGAUGACUACUGUCGUGACAAGGUUGGUGUGGCAUCUUAUUGUAAAACGUGGGACCGGUUUCCAGUUUGUCAAGGAUCUGAUGUGAGCUGUGGUGACGGUGAAAUUGCCACUUCUACUAUUCCGGAAACUACUCGAGCUGCUGGUGAUAAAACUACUGUUCCAGUGACUACGACACGUUCGGCUGCAGUGCCUACGACUAGUGGUGGAACGGUUAACUGGGAUGAAUAUUGUCAGAAGGAAGUGGGACCCACUUCAUAUUGCAAGAUCUGGGAUGCAUCACCAGUAUGUCAAGGCUCGAGUGUGAGGUGUGGUAAUGGUGCUGUGGUGACGACAGAGCAUAACUUCUACCCUACUACUCCUCAUUCUGGAGGUGACCAUGAGUACUGUCCAGGUAUGCCUGCUGGUGAGUAUUGUGGCAACAUCAAUGGCGAAAUGGCUCUAUUCCUCAUCGAAGGAGACGUGUUCUUUUUCGAUUACCGAUAUAUUCAUGGGGUAAAGGUUAACCUGAAAGAAGUCCCCUUCCAUCUGUACAAUUGCGAGGAGUUCGUGCCCGAUUACUCAAGUUGGCAGAUGGAGCGUUUAGCCCGAGAGUUGGGUCUGACCACCGAUCAGCUUCGUCAGAAACUUACCAUCACGUAUCGUCGAUCUAGUGAUAGCUUCCACUUUUAUUGGGAGCCGAAUGUCUCGACAAGUAUGUAUCAUGACGAGUGUUGA